AUGAUUACCGGUAUUGAAGAACAAACCCAGCACAUCCAAAUAAGCCAGCUCAAGAAGUUUCAGAAGGAAUGGACCAUUCAUGUUAUCAUACUUCGAAGUGCAGAGGCAACUUACAAAAAUGCAAAAGGAUCAGGGAAAAUACUAAAGCUAAUUCUUGCAGACGCAAAGGGUAACAAAAUACAAGCAGUAAUGUACGGAGAUACUAUCGAAAAGUUUAUAGAUAUGCUUCAAAAAAAUCAAAUUAUUUUCAUUUCAAAUGGAGAAGUGAAAGGAAUAAACUCAGCUUUUCCAAGUAUCCACAAGUCACUUGAAUUAGUACUAACAAAAGACGUAUCGAUCAAAGAAGCACCAACAGGAUUCCACUUGGAUAACAUAUUUAACAACUUUGUCCCAUUUGAAGAAGCAUUUUCCAUGAAAGAUGCAACAAAAAUUAAUAUUCUUGCAAUAACAACUAAUGUUAAGCCGGCGAUCAACUAUAUUACAAGACAUAACAAACCAGACACUAGGAGGGAAAUCACGCUUAUGGAUAUGAGUGGAAUGCCAAUGCGUGCAACUUUAUUUGGAGAUUUAGCUACAAAUGAAGGAUCAAUUCUUGAAGCAGAAAUCAAAUAUAAGCCUGUAAUAGCAUUAACAGAUUUUAAAAUCUCUAUAUAUCAAGGGGAUACAAGCAUAUCGUCGCAAAUUAUUUCAACAUUCUGCAUCAACCCAAAAAUAGAACUAGCUAGCGAAUUAAGGGAAUGGUUUCAAUUGGAAGAAGCUGCAAAAGCCAAAGGAUCUCCAUCGACGCUUUUUAAAAAUGCCAAGGAAAUUCAUAUUAGUGAUAUUAUGCAUAAGUCACAGAAUUCGAUACAGGCACGGUAUUGCACAUUUAAGGCAAAGAUAACUACUAUUUUAAAUAGGCUCGAGCCAUGGUUCUAUGCUUGCAAAGGCUGUGAUAAGAAGGUUGAUAAAGAUGUUAGUAAAGAUGUCUGA